AAUAAAAUAAAACAUCACCAUCUGCUGUCAUCACUCUUUAAGCUACUCCAAAUAUUCUUACACCAGAGGAUUGCUCUCAAUGUCUCUCCAUAUAUAUAUUCUCUCUUUCUCCCUCUACCUCUCUCCUCAAAUUCCAUUUCUUUUGAUUUAAUUAAGAGGAGUGGAAUAACCAAGAAAGAUAUAGAAAAGAAACAGAGGAGGGGAGAGAGAGAGAGGAGAGACAAACCUUUUUUUUUUUUUAAAGAUAUAUAAAAAAUAUGAAGAGCAAAACCUCCUCUUCUGUUUCCGUUGUCAUCGUUUCUCAUCUCAGAUCUUAAUUUUCCUCCCAUUUUCUCAUCUGGGUCAUUUCCAAGAUGGAAUUUUGGGUUGUUUUCUGAUUGGUGCAUGAAGUUUUCAGAUGAUCCUAGAUUGGAUUUGACAAUUACCAACUCUGUCUCCGAUCAGAUUCUGUCUGUAAUUCAUAUCAAAAGAUCCUUUUUAGCUGCCGAUGGUAAUUGGAUAAUUUGGUGUUGGCUUUUUUCACGAGUUUCAUUCAUUGAAUUGGUAUAAGAUGGAAUCAGAUCUUGGUAAGCUCUUCAUUGGUGGGAUAUCUUGGGACACUGAUGAGGAACGUCUCAAGGAGUAUUUCAGGAAAUAUGGAGAAGUGGUGGAAGCAAUGAUCAUGAGAGAUCGGUUUACUGGUCGUGCCCGUGGAUUCGGUUUCAUUGUCUUUGCUGAUCCUGCUGUUGCUGAGAGGGUAAUUAUGGAUAAGCAUAUGAUUGAUGGCCGCACGGUUGAGGCGAAGAAGGCUGUUCCUAGGGAUGAUCAAAACAUUUUAAACAGGAACAUGAGUAGCAUCACUGCGUCUCCAGGUCCUGGACGCACUAAAAAGAUUUUUGUUGGAGGUUUAGCCUCUUCGGUCACAGAGACUGACUUUAAGAACUACUUUGAUCAGUUUGGUACAAUUACAGAUGUUGUGGUGAUGUAUGAUCAUAAUACGCAAAGGCCAAGAGGGUUUGGUUUCAUCACUUAUGAUUCAGAGGAUGCGGUAGAUAGAGUUCUACAUAAAACAUUCCAUGAACUCAAAGGGAAAUUGGUUGAGGUCAAGAGGGCAGUUCCUAAAGAACUAUCUCCAGGCCCUGCCCGCAGCCCUGUGAUUGGAUAUAAUUAUGGUUUGAGUAGGACUGCCAACUUUCUCAAUAGUUAUGCUCAGGGAUAUAAUCUUAGCCCACUAGCCGACUUAGGAGUUAGGAUGGAUGGUAGGUUUAAUCCUCUUGCUUCUGGUCGAACUGGGUUUCCUCCAUUUAAUAACCCUGGCUAUGGAAUAGGUAUGGAUAUGGAACCGGGAAUGGGCCCAAACUUUGGUGGGAGUUCUAACUUUGGCAACAAUCUUGGAUAUGGACGGUUAAUUAGCCCCUAUUAUGGUGGGAUUUCAAACAGGUAUAAUACUCCUAUUGGCUAUGGUGUUGGAAGUGGAAGAAAUGAUUCUAAUUUAAGCUCUGGUACUCGGGAUAUCUGGGGAAAUGGAAGCCUUAGCAAUGCCACAAAUGCCACCAGCCCUGGUGGAUUCUUGGGGACUGGAAGGGGGAGUUUUGGUCCUUUAGGAAAUAGUGGGGUUAAUUGGAGCCCUUCUCCUCCCAUUCAAAGUGGAGGAAAUGCCCCUGGCUAUACUGGUGGGAGUGCUGGUUUUGGAAGUGCCGAUGACAACUAUGGUUUGGGUGGGGGAGGAUAUGGAAGAAACGGUGGCACUGUCACGGCUCCAACAUCUUCUUUUGCUGGGCCAACCGGUAAUUUUAAGGGGUCCUAUGGAGAUCUUUACCAUAGUGGUUCAGUUUAUGGUGAUUCAACUUGGCAGUCAACAACUGCUGACUUGGAUGGUUCUAGCUCAUUCAGUUAUGGGCUUGGGAAUGUGUCCGUAGAUGGUACUGCAGGAUCCUCCGAGGAUUAUGUUGGAAGCUACGGUGUUGCUAGUAGACAGUCGAGUAGAGUCUCUUUGGUUUCUUAUCCAGGAAUUGCUGCCUAGGGAGGGGGGGGGGAGGACUGUGAUUUGGAUAUCAGAAGUCAUGAAGUAGGGUGAAUAAACAGGUGAAGGAUUUGUGAAUUCGAUAUACAACUGCCUUAUUACAAUGUCAGCUUACAAGGAAAUUGAUGUUAUAACACUAAUGAGGGAUAUUGAUUUGAGAGUGAGCAGUUACAAGGGGAGGUUUUGUGUAAGGUUUGAGAUUCGAUUUGUUUGUUUGUUUGUUUGUUUUGUUUAUGGUAAUAGUGAAAAUGUAGGUUGGUGAGUGAGGUGUACAAUCAGAUUGCGGGACAUAUACUCCGGAAGGCGUCUGCGGCAAAGGCGCGCCAGUAGUGGUACAUCAAACAAUAGGGUACUAAAUUUUUUCUUUUUCCAUUUUUAUUUUGGGAUGCUGGUUCUUGUCCUGAUAAUUGUUGCCUAUCAUCUGGGAUUGUUUUGAUCUCAGAUUGUAAGGAGUUGUUUCAGUUCCAAUUUACUACUGCUACUAGUGUGAAACAUUAGAGACAUAUCCAAUCAUCAUCCAUAUAAAAUAAGUAACCAAAAUUUCUGAUUCAA